AUGGACGUUAAAGGUUUGAAAGCUAUCACUCCAGUUGAUGUAGUGAUAAAGAGUAAUCCACUUGUUAUGGGUAUCGAAAAGAUGUCUAAGAAAUGGAGUAAGAGGUGGCCUGACAUUGACCAGCCUUGGCCAGUGGAAGGUACCCUUAAUCCUGAAGUGGUUAAAACAAUGCACGUGCUAGUGUCCACCAAUAAGGCAGAGCAAAAGAAAGGAAAGAAGGGAAAGAAACGGCAAGAAAAGAGACAGAGAGAGCUUAACAUUUUGCACUUGUUUGAGCAGGAGGGGCAGAAGAUGCUAAAAGCCGAUAAGGAGAGAAAGGACAGGAUUGUAGAAGAAAUAAACAAAAAUGUUAAAUCAACAGAAAAAUUGAUGGCAGAAGUGAAUAAACCUCUCACACACGACCCCAGUGAAGAGCCCCCCACCGUAUGAGAAAGAGAUAAGGUACACUGAUGUCUAUCCUCAGCUCCUCGUGAUUAAACGGGAGGGCGUGUAUCACAUCAAAGAUGAGGAGGAGCAGAUGAUAGAGACAGGAACAGCUAAAACAACUAUAAAGAUGUACCCAAGCAGUAAGAGUAAAAAGAAAACAGGUCAUCCAGCAGCUAGGGGUGAACAAAAAUACAGAAAAAUAGAAAUGGGAGAUGAUAGUCAGAGUGAUUCAGAAGAGGCUAUUGGAGGCUAUGACCCAGCAGUUAGAAACAUAUUAGCCAGAGCAGAGAAAAGAGGAGGAAAAUCACUGAGGAAAAAAGAGCCAGUCAAAGACACCUCAGAGGAGAGUGAAGAUAAUGAUAGGGAUGAAGAAUCAGACAGUGAAGAGUCUUCAUAUUCCCUUUGGUCAACACCAAGGACUGAAGCUGAGGAGAGGCACAAGGCUUUGAGAAGGAUUGAGAAACGCAUCGAUAAAUGCUAUGGCAACCUAAGUAGUGCUACCAGUCCUGAAAAACAUAGAGAAUUGAGGGAAGAAUUAGAAGAGCUACAAAUAAUAAAAAAUGACUUGAAGAAAAAAGGAGUUGAAAAGCCAUCCACUUCAGGGUACUCCUUACGCCCAAGAAAAGGGGAUAAGCCAGCUGGGAAAAUGUGUCCAGUUAUUGUUCAGGGACAGAAGUUGGAGUACAAGCCUCUGCAAAAUACAGACAUGUCAGACAUUCUUGAAAAGUUACCUACUCUUCAGGAAGGAGCUCACCCUUGGAUUUCCAAGUUAGAAGAAAUUAUGGUGGGAUGGCAGCCUGCUAUGGGAGACAUCAAAAGACUCCUAGCCAGCAUUUUAGGGGUCCCAGCUAUGGAAGAGAUCUUGCAGAGAGCAGGGCUUAACCGGUAUGCAGGGACUGCGGUAAAUGACCCAGAACUGUUUGCUGCAUGUAGAGCUCGGAUGUGGAGAUCACUGAGAGAUGUAUUUCCAACAAAUGUACAUCCAGAUAACAUUAUAAUUGAACCACUAGGACCACAAAAGAAUCCAAGAGUUUAUGUAUCAAAAGCUCAUCAAAUUUGGAGAAAUGUUACAGGAAACGAUCCAGACAUGCACCAAAUGGAGUAG